AUGGCUCUCUCCGUGGAUUCUGCUCCGGCAUCCAAAACAACCGACAAUCCAAAGGACGAGAGAGAAGCUGAGAUUAAUAGUGAAGCUAGUCCGAACUCUAGAGUUCAAAUCAUCAAAGCCAUCAAAGAUCGGGAGACAGGUGAACGCGUUGAACUCCCGGAUAAAUCUCAAAAUGUGAAACCAGAUGAUAGAAUCAACAUCGCCUUCAUUUUAAAAAAGACACUGCAUAAUAAGUUCUCUGAAGAGGAAGAUACCUCUGAGAUUGAUAUAAUCAAUCUGAAACUAUGGGAGCUCUUGAAAGAACAUCUGGGCAGUCAUCCCUAUCACUUCUUCCGCGGAUCACCUGUCACCCUCUUUUCGCCUUUUGAAGCUAUUAUUCAUGAGUGGAAGAUUCUAGAGGAGGCCGCAGCGCAGCGCCCAAAGGAUGACGAAGAUCGGCAAGCCAGAGAGGAUUUAAAAACCCUUCUGAAUAUUAUCUCUAGUGGAUCAUCCGGUGAUGCUAAACUGGAUAAAUAUUUCAAAGUACGAGAUCUAUCCUUAGAGGAGUCAACCGUUCAAUUUGAUGACCUAUGGACUAUAUUUCCUCCUGGAACUAUGGUUUAUGGUAAAUCUUUCCAGGACCAGGAUCAAGUGUUUAUUGUUCAAGAUAGUAGAUACUCCUGGCCAGAGCAUAACGAUCAUCCACCACAAGACUUGCCCUGGAAGCUAGAUUGCUGGACGUACGAUUGGAAUGGCGAGAAAUUUCAGAGAACGGCUUUCACGCUCUUAUUCGAGCCAUACGACGGCCACAAACCUAUCAAAGCUCUGCCAUAUUAUCCGUUCAGCCUUAAAGCUGCUGAAGAUAAGUCAAUCAAAAAGGCCUUGAUUGAGCGUGGUAAAAGAUUUCGAUCGCUAUGUACCGCAAAGGAAGGAUCGCAGCUGUUCGAGUACAGCGGUCAAACCAUCUUUGGGAAAAAGGGAUUCUCUGGAUUAAGCGACGAUGAUGAUGUUGAUACCCGAUCGAGAAGUGUAUUGUAUGAUAUUGAGCUUGGCCUGAGAUAUCGUCGCUCGGCCGGUCGCUCAGCCUUGGAAUCCGCUGACGUGAAAUCUUCCUAUGUCAAUAGUAGAGUCAUGGUUGACUACGUAUCAUACUUUCAGUAUGGUCCUCCAGUUGCUCGUAACGGAGACCUGGAACCAAGUUCCGCCAAUGUGGAUUGUAUGUGUUCCGAUUGUCAACAAAAUGAGGGCUUGGCCAUCAAGUACAGAACUUGGUUCGAUAAACAGGAAGCCCAAGCAAAGGAAACCUGGGAUGACGAACAAUAUUUGAUCUGUCCUCCCCGUGUUCUUGGUUAUGUUCUCAAGGAAAAGCAAUGGGCGCAGCUCCAAACCACCCUUGUCAAGGACAUUCCAUUCGAUGGUGAACAGGAUGCUUGGCACACCCGACUACAGCUCGACGACGAGGGCGCUACUAAAAGAUUGCUCUUCAAUCUUGUACGCAGUCAUAUCUCAGAAUCGAAUCAAGCGAAGAAGCCGAAAGAUGCUCUCGAAGUUGACGAUAUUAUUCCAGGAAAGGGGAAGGGUUUGGUUAUUCUCCUAUACGGUCCACCUGGGGUUGGAAAGACAUCAACAGCAGAAACUAUCUCCCUCUCCACUGGCAAGCCUCUCUUUUCUAUCAGUGUGGCCGACGUCGGGACUAGAGCGCGGCAUGUGGAGUCUAAUUUAUCCAAAAUAUUCUCCUUGGCAACAACGUGGCAAGCAAUCCUAUUAAUGUGGUUGUUAUUAAGCGAUGAGGCCGAUGUCUUUCUAGAAAGUCGAGGAAGAGGUGCAAAUGGAUCUACGGACAGAAACGCCCUUGUUUCUGUGUUUCUUCGAGUGCUUGAGUAUUACCAAGGAAUUAUGUUUUUAACAACAAAUCAAAUUGCCCAGUUUGAUGUUGCGAUUCCAUCUCGGAUCCACGUUUCUAUCCAAUAUAAUAGCCUAAAGCCGAAGCAGAUGCGGGAUAUCUUCAAAGGUUUCCUUGACCCUCUAUAUGAAAAGGGACUAGUCGAUGACUACAAAGAGAUCCAGGAAUGGCUUAAAGACGACGUGUAUGAUAUUGGAUUCGAUGGUCGACAAAUCCGCAAUAUUGUCACUGCCUCCUUAGGAUUGGCGCGCGCGGAGCAGAAAUACAACAAUGGCAAUGGCAAGCUCAAAAAGAGUCAUAUAAAGGCUAUUGCUAACAACUCCCGCGCGUUCAAAACGGAUUUCGCAGUACAAUAUGACCGUUAUAUUAACAGCCAGGAAAGGUUAAUCCGCUAG